UGAAAGCUCUCGAAGUUCACUUGAAACAGCACUCCUCGACGAAGUCACCUCACGGAGAAAUCGUUUGCCUGCUCUGUCCUUGACGCAUUUCGACGCGCAAAACUUUUUGGGGGAACUAAGCGACAAAUAAAAGAUGUCGUUUAAUAUAUCGCAUGCGUUCAUGACGUUCUUUGGAGUCCUGUUACUUGCUCUGAUUGUACGAUCCCAGGAUUACAGCAUGGAAGAAGACCUUAAAAAACUCAUCGCCAGAAGGAAAGGCUUGGACAUUGUUAGAGAAGUAAUAUCUGAUUUUGACAACAAUCUUGGCAGAAUUGCAAGGAAAGCAUGUUUGUUGCGAUUACCAGGAUUUGGUUGCGACUUCCCGGGAUUUGUUCCAAGCAUUAAAGAUCGUAGUAUCUUUGGUGAAGACACAACUGUAAACAAGAAGAGAAGCUACAGUGACUGCGAAUUCAAAGUCGGCAAUCCAGAGGGAUGUCUUGGUAAAUUAGUGGAUGGGGAAAGAAAGGACAACGAUCAUUGGGGAGAUCCUAAUGGCCCUGGUAAAAAGUAAUUCAAAAAAUGGCUGCUAGGAAACGGACAAACUGAACGUGCAAUGGACAAGAUUUUUGGCUUCCUCGUGACCUGCUUCGUAGAUUAUUACUGCUAAAACGCCAUCUUGCUUUUGUUACUCAUCUGUUAAAACUGUUAGAGAGUUAUCGUUCUAUCUGAAGAAUGAAAUUUAUGCAGUCUGCUAAAAAAUCUCAAGAAAUUCAAUAAAAUCUAAACUGCAUAUGAUGCCUAUCAUGCAUUGAGAUUAUUUCUAUAUAGUUUGACACAAGUUUUAUUUGUGAAUACUACUACAAAAAAUUGUAAAUAUCGUAUUUUGUGGCUGUUGGCUCGAAUAAAGUGCUUCGUCGAAACUACGUCUACAACAGUCCUUUUUUUACA